AUGUCAUGCCAAAAUUGCGUUCAAGGUCUCUUUCGCACAGUCAUUGAGCUCUUCCUCUGUUUUGCAAUUGUUGGAAGCUUCGUUCCCCAAGCUAUUGCCAUCGUACGACAUGGUACCUUCGGGAUUUCAUCCUGGUUGAUUCUUACUACCACUCUCUUUUCUACCACCCAGGUUGCUGCCUAUCUCGUGAAUUGGGAAAUGAAGGAUGCAUUUGUUUGUGUACAAUCUGGCAACUUGAAAGGUUUCCAAGCCUUUUCGGCGUUGCUCGGUUAUCUUCAGAUAUCUGUGCAAUUGCUCUGUGUCAUAGUUACCGCGAGUCUCUAUAUCAAGUAUCGAACCACCAUUGAGUCCAGUGAGUUUCAGAGAUCCACCGGCAUCCUUGCUCAUCCGAUAAGUUCUGGGGCACUUAAAGUCAUCAUUGCCACAUACUCGAUCACCACGCUUCUUUGCGCUUGGCAUCUCAUUUUUAAUGCACAAGCCGCAGAUGAUGCUGUAGAAGAUCAUGGAAACAUCGGUCCCGCGAUCAUUUGGAUGCUCAUAAAGGGAUGGACUGGCUUAAUCUGGAGAACUUGCUUACUAAUUCCAUUGACGCUUCUACAAUACUUGCCUCAAAUUCUGACCACACUGGCGUUGCAUGCUCGAGGAAACAUCAAUCUUGUCUCUUUGGGCCUCCAGAUUAUUGUCUUUGUGGUCUUAGGGAUCUGCCAAGGAUUGAGACUUGGAGCAUUAAUUCAUACGUUCCCGUCGCCGGACAGAACCUGGGUUCAAUUCUAUUUCAAAUUCGGAUAUAUGUGGAUGAACUAUCUUGGUGCAGCUUUGGGGCAGAUUGCUUUGUUCAUUGUCUGUAUUCAUGUGGAUAGGGGCAGACUUAGAGUUGGAGGUCAGCUCAGACAAGGAGACGAGGGUCAUUUGGGAGCAGUGCUUAGUCACUUGGACAUUGUUGGAUACAACUGUUGGACGUCGAAGCGCCGUCUUAACGAUCACGUCGGGCUCAAUCGCGGAGGAAGUGACCUCGUAGAGCAGCCAGACAUGCUCAGUUCGUCUGACAUGGCCUGGUCAUUUGCAUUCAAGAGUAUCGUGCUAUUCGUCACGGUCUUAUCAUUUGCUUCUGCAGAAGCCGUUGACUACCCUGUGGGAAUCAAUCUUGGUUAUUAUCAUUGGUCCUCAGCUUAUUUCAAUGCUCAGAAUGAGCUCAUAUAUGUUGCUACCAUGAACAGUAGCAAAGAAUGGCAAGACUACUUUUGGGCGACCUGGAUGGACGAAACAAAGCAUGCCCCCGCCUACGACGCAGAAACGGUCGCGAUGUUCACUCGAAGUAUUGUCUCAAUCCAAUCUUCCACAGCGAAAGCGCUACAAGUAAACAAUCCAAUAGAAUUUCGAGCUGUAACAGGGCCAUGGCAUUUUGUAAGCAGAAAGUCAAUGAGCACUUUGAUGCUCGCUGCUUAUGAACUUGGGUACUUCGGAAAGGAUCAGGAUUAUCAAGUAAUCAAUGCUCAUAAUGCGGCGAGACUUGCUUACAACUUGGACAAUUGUCUGGGGUUUCGAGAGCCGUUUGAUUGCGUUGUGGAAGAUCAGGAUUAUUAUGUGCUUGUGGUCGAGUAUUCUAGGAAAUAUCUGGCUAUGAACUUUCUGGAUCUCGGAGUUUAUCUUUGCAUAUCUAUCGAUCAAAGAAAAUUUCCUGGAAUGGGAGAAGAAGAGAAUGCACAGGGACAUGAAGGCAAAGUCGAUAGGGAUCUUGAACUUUCGAUCCGAACAUUUAUAGACGAGAUGAUCACCUACCUCACCGAAGGCAACAUAAAAAAUGCAACAUCAAGAAUCAUGGGAAUCGUCUUGACAGGUGAAGCUUCGAGAGAUGGAAUGAAAGAAAUGAAGCAAGUGAUUGGGAAAGCGUUGCCGGAGUACAAAGAGCGCUUUUUGUUCGAUAUAGAGCCUGAGAAAGUGGGUGCGACGGGGGCUGCGCAUCGAGCGAGGCAAUAUGUUACGGAUCAUGCAAUCUUGAAUCCAAGAGAGCCUACGUUCCACCAAGAACUUUGA